AUGCCCGCCUUCACAGUCCUCAACGGCAGCAUUAAGACUCGGCGCGCCCGUGUCGUUGUCAUCGCCCUCCUCAUCAUUGUGUUCCUCCUUUUUCUCAGCAACUCACGGCUCGGCAGCGGCGGUGGUUACCUGGAUUCGGCGGACGCGGGACAGCCACAAGCCCCGGGUAGUGGGAAUUCCGCUGCCGGUGGUGAUGCCGUACAGCUCCCGCCGCCACAUGGGAACCAAGACAAGGACAAGGAGCUGCCGGUUGCUCACGGCGAGCCCGACCCUGCGGGCGAAAAACUGAAGGCAGACGCUGACGGCGAGGACUCUUACCGCAACAAAGAUGAGGAGUUGGUCAAGCAGCCGCCUACGGAUGCCGGCAGGCCCGGCAACCCGAAGCCCAGCGAUUCCGCGACGAUGCCGUUGCCGCCGACACCGCCCGCAGACUGCGAGUCCUUUGAAAACUGGAUGCGCAAGCGGCCCGGGCCGGCGUCUGAAGGCAAGCGCCAGUUCCCGCUCAAUCGGCCCCGGCCGGAAUGCCGCACCUUCCGCCUGCCUGCCAUGGAGAAUCUCAUCACGCGCAUGAAGGGUGUUAUCAAGGACCCGGAUCUGUACCGGCUGUUUGAGAAUGCGUAUCCGAUGACACUGGAUAGCAUGGUGAAAUGGCGCGGCUUCGCGAACGAGACGGACAAGCAGACGGGCGAGACGAGGAUCACUGACCAGGAGCUCACGUAUGUCAUCACUGGCGACAUCGACGCCUUGUGGUUGAGAGACAGCGCCGAGCAGAUCAGCCCUUACCUGCCUCUCCUCGAAGCAUCCGAGGACAAGGACUCCCUCGCGAGUCUCUGGCGGGGCCUCAUCAACGCGCAUUCCCGCUACAUCAUCAUCUCGCCAUACUGCCACAGCUUCCAACCGCCACCAGAGAGUGGCAUCCCGCCCACCCACAACGGCGCCUAUGUGCACAACCACCCGAUGCCGGCCUACGACCCCGAGAAGGUUUUCGACUGCAAGUGGGAACUAGACUCCCUCGCCUCAUUCCUGAAGAUGUCCGUCUCAUACGCCGAGAAGACGGGCGACUGGAAAUUCUUCUCCAAGUAUAACUGGGUCGACGCCGUAGAGGCUGCUGUUAACGCCGCGGGUGCCAUGCGUCUGGGGACCUACUCCACCGAGGGCAAGGUCGAGAAGUCGGCCUGGACGUUCACUGGCUGGACGAACCGCGGUAGCGAGACGCUGACCAACGACGGCCUCGGCAACCCGAUUAAGGAGAACGGCAUGAUCCGCACGGCCUUCCGACCUUCGGAUGACGCGUGCAUCUUUCAGUUCCUCGUGCCGGCCAAUAUGAUGUGGGCCAAGUACCUCGAGUCCGCAUCCGAAAUCAUGGCCAAGCUCGACGGCGAGAAGGCGCGGAAGCUGACGGAGGAGAUGCGCGCGCAGGCGUUUGGUAUCCGCCACGGCAUCGAGAAGGACGCCAUCGUGCACCGGCCCGGGUUUGGCGACAUUUUUGCCUACGAGGUUGACGGGUAUGGCGGCGCCAACUUGAUGGACGAUGCCAAUGUGCCCUCGUUGCUGGCGAUGCCAUUGUGGAACUUUACACAGUCUAACUUCAAGCUCCCUGACCCGCCCAAGGGCGAGAAGCAGCGCGACUACGCCGAGGUGUACCGCAACACGCGCAAGUACGUCCUCAGCGACUCCAACUCGUACUUCAUGAAGGGCCCCGUCAUCUCGGCCGUUGGCGGGCCGCACGUGGGGCCCGGCAAGGCGUGGCCGAUGGCGGCGGUGAUCGCGGCCAUCACGGCGUACGAUCCCAUCUCAGGGAUCAAGGAUGUCGAAAAGGAGGUCGAGGAGCAGCUGCGGAUGGUGCUGGAUUCGACAGCGGGCACGGGGGUCUUGCACGAGAGUGUCAACAGCUGGAACGAGAAUGAUUGGACUCGGGCGUGGUUUGGUUGGGCCAACGGGCUGUUUGGGGAACUACUCUUGAGAGUCGAGGACGAGGAGAAGAAGAAGAAGGGCGGCGAUGGUGGACUUUUGGGGAAGAGUUGGCAGGAUUCGCCGGCGUCCAACAAGGCGCCGUCAACCACGGUGAAUUCGCGGUAG